AUGUUUGCUGCCUAUUUGAUCAACCGUACUCCAAGCCAGGUUCUUGAUUUCAAAACUUCGCUUGAUGUGCUUAGUGACCAUGUUUCCACUGUCUUCGUCUUUAAGUUGCCCCCUAAAGUUUUUGAGUGUGUUAUCUAUGCUCAUGUAUACUCUUAUCAAAGGAGUAAACUUGAUCAUUGUGCUAUGUUGUGUGUCUUUAUUGGUUAUUCUUCUACUCAUAAAGGUUAUAAGUACUAUCAUCUGGCCACCCAGAAGGGGGAGAAAGGGAGUGAAUUAGAGAGUCUUAGACUUGAAUUGGAGAAUCAUGUGUUUAAAGAUAUUGCUCUCAGGAAGGAAGCGAUCGGUCGCACUGAAGAAAAGGACCGGUCGCCUAGGUCUCGAGAUUGA